AUGUCGCUCUACCGCCUCCUUCUACGCCGCGUCUCCUCCACCGCCGCUGCCCGCCCCAUCUUCUCUCUUGCCCAAACCCGUUCCUAUGCUUUCUCCUCCGCUGAGGAAGCUGCGGCUGAGCGCCGGCGACGGAAGCGGCGUCUGCGCAUCGAGCCUCCCCUCAACGCGAUUCGUCCUCCGCCGCAGGGCCCUCCACGCGACCCGAACGCGCCUCGCCUCCCGGAUUCCACUUCGGCGUUGGUGGGCCCCCGGUUGAGCCUCCACAACCGCGUGCAGUCCCUCAUCCGCGCGGGCGACCUCGAGGCGGCUUCCGCCACCGCCCGGCACGCGGUGUUCUCGGUGACGCGGCCAACCGUUUUCACCUGCAACGCCAUCAUCGCUGCCAUGUACCGGUCGAAGCGGUACGAGGAGGCCAUUGCCCUCUUCCAUUUCUUCUUCAAGCAAUUCAACAUCGUCCCCAACAUCGUCUCUUACAACAACGUGAUCAACACCCACUGCGACGAGGGUCGUGUUGACGUGGCCCUUGAAGUCUAUCGUCACAUUCUGGCCAACGCUCCUUUCAGUCCCUCUCCCGUCACCUAUCGUCAUCUCACCAAAGGUUUGAUCCAAGCCGGUCGCAUUUCCGAAGCCGUCGACCUCUUGCGCGAGAUGCUCACCAAGGGCCACGGCGCCGAUUCUCUCGUUUACAACAAUCUCAUUUCGGGCUUUCUCGAACUCGAGAAUUUGGAGAAGGCCAAUGAACUUUUCGACGAGCUUAAGGAGAGGUGCCUGGUUUAUGAUGGGGUCGUGAAUGCCACUUUUAUGGAAUGGUUCUUCCAAAAAGGGAGGGAUAAGGAGGCCAUGGAGUCCUACAAGUCCUUGCUGGAGCGCCAGUUCAGGAUGACCCCUGCCACUUGCAAUGUUUUGUUGGAGUGUUUGCUCAAGCAUUCCAGGAAAACUGAGGCUUUGGCCUUGUUUGAUCAGAUGCUCGACAAUCACACCCCUCCCAAUUUCCAAGCUGUUAACUCUGAUACCUUCAAUGUAAUGGUUAAUGAGUGCUUUAAGCUUGGAAACUUUGAGGAGGCCCUUGCAACUUUUAAGAAGGUUGGAACUAAGCCUAAUUCUAAGCCCUUUGCCAUGGAUGUUGCCGGCUACAAUAAUAUCAUUGCUAGGUUUUGUGAGAAUGGGAUGCUCUCCCAAGCCGAGACCCUGUUUGAAGAACUGUGCUCCAAGUCUUUGAGCCCCGAUGUGCCUACUCACAGAACUUUGAUUGAAGCCUACUUGAAAAUGGAGAGGAUCGAUGAUGCCCUCAGGGUAUUCAACAGAAUGGUGGAUGCCGGUCUUAGGGUAGUUGCUAGCUUUGGUAAUACGGUGUUUGAUGAAUUGAUUAAGAAUGGUAAGGCUAUUGAUUGUGCUCAAAUUUUGAGUAAAAUGGGAGAGAAGGAUCCCAAACCAGACCCCACUUGCUACGAGGUUGUAAUCAAGGGACUCUGUGCGCAUGGCUUGUUGGACAAAAGCCUAGAGCUGCUGGAUGAGGUUAUGAGGUAUGGUGUUGGGGUCACUUCUGCCUUGCGGGAAUCUGUUACUGAGGUUUUUAAGACAGCCGGGAGAGGUGACGAGAUUGAAAGGCUGCUAGAUAUCAACAGAUUUGUAUACACUCCUCGUCCAUCCCCUCCAAGACCUGCUUAUCGUCCGCCACCGGUCAGGUCCCCCUCGCAAAUGGCAGGGGUACCACAUAACCCACAUUCUGGCCCUCACACCACCACACAUAUGGCAGCUCAGCUACACCCACCACCACCUUUUCAAAUGGCAGGAGCAACAAAUAACCCACCUUUUGGGUUUCCAACACAAAUGGCAGCACAGCAGCGUCCAACACCUCCUUCUCCUCAAAUGACAGGAACACAUUAUCCUCCUUCUCAAAUGGCCGGAGCACCACAUAACCCACCUUCGGGGGCUCCACAUCAAGUGUUGGGGCAUCAACGCCCGCCAAUGAAUCAACCUUCGUGGGGAGUUUCUCCUCCAAUGACUGGGCCUCGUACUACAGCAGCUGGACCUUCACCUCAUAUGCCAAGACAGCCGUACCACCCUACUACAUCUGAAUUUCCUCCCCAAACGAACAGGGUACAGCAGCAUUAUACACCGUCUGGACCUUCACCCCAAAUGGCAGGAUAUCAGCCUUAUGGAACACCACAUGGGCCCCAACAAAUGUCAGAACGACGAUAUCCCUCGUCAGGAUUGUCCCCUCCAAUGGCAGGACAAUAUCAUCCCCCAGCUGAACCAACUCCUUCAAUGUCAGGGUCAUCUAUUCCUUCAUAUGGAGCAUCACCUAAUAUGUCACCGCCGCACCAUAUUCCCCUAGGACCAUCUUCUCAGGUGACUGGACCAUAUCACCCAUCAUCAGGAGUAGGUUCUCACUUUGAGGAAUCACAUCAACAGCAAUCGGAAGUCCCUGAACAGGUAGCAGCUUAA